AUGCCUUCUAAAUACCGCAACUUCCGAAAUAACGUGCCGUGGCUAAUCCUUUUUCUGGAAGCUGUUUUCAUUGUCCUCUUUUUCUUCUCAACUGGUGAUGCAUCCAUAUCAAACAUCUCCUACCCAGUUUUUCAAGAUGUCAACCACAUGGUGAUUUUUGGAUUUGGCUUUUUCCUGACAUUUCUGAAAAGAUAUGGAUUUAGCAGCACUGGAUUCAACCUUCUGAUCAUUGUACUUGGUGUCCAAUGCUCCGUGCUGAUAGAAGAUUUAUUAGCUUUCCUUUUUCAAAGCGAAAACGAAGAUGGUCUGAAAAGAAUAACAAAGGCUACUAUGAGUAUGACAGCUGUGGCCAUCUCCACUGGAGCUGUUCUUGGGAAGACUAAUCCUAUGCAGUUAAUUCUGAUGACAGUUGUGGAGAUAAUAGUUUUCCGUAUGAGCAGAUGGAUCAACAACAUGUUCCUGCAGGUUCCAGACAAUGUCAGCUUGAUGCAUGUUCACCUGUUUGGAGCCUACUUCAGUCUGGCAGUCUCCUCACGCUUCUCUGAGCCAUCACCAAGCUCUAAGAAGAAUGCGAGUACCUCAAAGUCAGAUUUAUUCUCAAUGUUGGGCACUCUCUUUCUCUGGGUGUUCUGGCCAAGCUUCAAUUCUGUACUAGCUGCGGACAGCAAGAUGAAAGCAAUCUACAACACCUACUUCGCCCUUGCAGUGAGUGCUGUAACUGCCUUCAUGUUGUCUGUUCUGACCACAAAGGACGGAAAAUUCAGAAUGACUCAUAUCCACAGUGCAGUGCUAGCUGGUGGGAUCACUGUUGGUUAUACAGCACACAAUAUCGAGUAUCCUUGGAUUGCAAUGAUUUUGGGUCUGCUCUCCAGUGUGAUAGCUGUAUUAGGAUCUUACUGUUUAGAGAGAUGCUUGAAUCCUGCUCUCAAGAUUCAUGAUACCUCUGGAGUUCAUUUCACUUUUGGCUUGCCUGCUGUGCUUGGAGCCCUUGCCCAGGUUGUUCUCUUAGUAAUAGAAAACUGGACUAAUUCACCAAGACUGGGUUAUUUGGUAAUGAUUCCUCUUGGUGCCUUCUGCCUGACCAUCAGUGUUGCCUUGAUAGCAGGUUUUAUUACAGGUUUAAUCUUAAACCUCAAAGUGUUUAAGACCGUCCCCGUAUUAAAGUACUUCGAAGACCAGUUUUAUUGGGAGUUUCCCCAUUUGGCUGUUGGAUUUUGA